UUGAAACGAGACAAAGUUCGCCUCUAGCCAGUGGCAUUUUCCAGGCACGAAGGAAGCAGCACUUGGUGCAACUUGUUUUGGCAUUUGGCAUUCAUCUUCGCCCCAAUCUGGAUCGUCACAACCAGAACCAUCCAUAGAUUCAAAAUAUAUCCAGAAGCCUUGAACUUACUUGUGCACAGUUCAAUUGGAAUCGAAUCAAAUCAUUCAUAGCUUCAGUUUCAUUGACCAUGACAGCCUCAACUCCUCGCGCUAGUCCACCGUCGCUACCGUUCCCAUCAAGUGCGACAGCGUUUAAUCAUGGCACCCCCACUGUGGACCAGACGACAGAGCAUCUGAACGGUCUAGAUUUGGGACACGAGAAGGAAUGUCCACCGGGUUUUCCUUCGGCUUUUGUCGACAACAAUGACAUUCCGAUGGCCUUGUCAUUGCCUUUACUAGCCCCAAGAGCCACCAAGCAGCGACGACGAGAGCUUAGCGAGACCUCUGCCACAUUAAUGGAUUUUGUCACUAGCAUGUCCAUUGGGGAUGUCCGCUCGGCUGCUCAAUCCUUCUCUCAUCGGCCACCCCUGGCGGAAUACUCGACGACUAGUUUCCUCGACAUGGAGAGACCUCCUCUUGAAGAUUCCAAUGCCAGCGCCAGCCAUAGUAGUAUGGAGGCAACAACCGAGGAAACCUCGCUUCGUGCGUUAAAUUCUGUUAUGCCAUCCAAUGGCAACACGAUUCCAUGGUCCUUGACCACCCCCGAGACGACAAAGGUCACAAUUUCCACUCCACAUGCUCGUCGGUCAGUGAGUCAAAAGCGCAAGUCACCAAUGCUUCAGCUACACUCUACUCCAGUCGAUGGCAACCGUCCUCUGAUGAUCCCCACCUUGGCUACUAUCAAGAACACUCCUCGGUUGCCGUCUACCACUUUUUCACGAAACAGUCAUACUGUGCAAGGAGGACGCAAAAAGGCCAAGAACUGUAACACAUUGCUCACCAGUGCUCCCAUGUUGCCGACGUCGCCUGAUUUGGAACACCGUGACAGAGCCAUGGCAGCUCCUCGACGUGCUCCCUACACGUCGCCUCCCGUCGGUGGAGUGACCAUGGUCAAUCCCAACUUUAUCCGCCAAAUGGCACCACCGACACCUGCGACUCCUCAAACUCGACGUGCCCUUCCUUUGCCAACAGCGGGUCUUCCUAGUUUGGACGAAGUGGAACGGUCGCAGCCCAAGUGGCUUCGUAUGAAGCGACGACACAGUCUCCUCUGUGCCCUACGAUUGGCAGCGACCGAGUCCUAAUGUUGGUCUCGGUCUAGUUGGGCUGCCUUUUUUGGGUAUUGAUCAUUGGAUUGGGUUCAUUGUCAUCAAUCCUGUAAGAGAAAAACAAGAAAACGAAGGGUGAAGGGAGCUUUCUGUAGAGAUAUCUUGUCUAUUGUGUGUGAACUGGACUGAUGAGCAUUAUCUUGUAUUCCUACGACGUUAAUUGCGAUAAGCUGCUAGCUAGCUACCCAUAGAUAGAAAGCGACGACUACAUGU